AACGAUUCCGGCGGCAUUAUUCAUAUUUCAUCAUAAAUAAGUGUUUUAAUUGAUUAACUAUUUAGAAAAAAAAUCUGGUUAGAGCCAUGGACGCCAAGAAGAUAUCUUUUGGCUUCAGUAAGGUGGCCAAGAAACCGAAUAUCCUGCCCAGCAAACAGCCAAAAGAGGAAAACAAAGUUGAGCUCAUCAAAUGUUUGGAGGGCAAAGAAAUCCUGCUAGUGGCCGAAAAGGUUGAGGCUGCCCCUCUGGUCAUCGAAAUGCAGGGCAGCCAAAAGACUUCCUCUGCUCUGGCCAGCUUGAUGAAGAGGCGGGCGGUGCUGCUGGGAGAGGAGGAACCUGACCCAGAGGAGGUAACUCAAGCAGCUCAGUCCAUCGCAGAAGUGACUGCAGGUGGUACUGCGGAAAGCCUGGAACAGCGGGCUGCUCGGGAAUUGCUGGCCGCCAGUGAGAGCAAUGGAGCCGAAGGCUUAGAUGGUCAAAAACUCGUUCUGCCUGCUGUCAAAGCAGACGAACUUCCUCUUGAUGGAGCCAAGGAGGCAACCCUUGAUGACUAUGACAACAUACCGAUCCAGCAGUUUGGCUUAGCUAUGCUGCGCGGCAUGGGUUGGGUGGAUCCGCCACCCAAAAAGAAGGGUUCCGUGCCAAUUGACGAUGCUCCCUUCCUGCGGCCCAAGGGCAUGGGCUUGGGAGCUGAUAAGGCGCUCAAACCCAAGGCACUGCUGGUGCAGCCGGAAAAGAACGAGGUGCUAGAAAUCAAGAAGCAGGCUUACGUCCGCAUCCUGGGCGGCAAGCAGAAGGAUCAGUACGGGCAAAUCGAAGGAUUCGACGAUCAUGCAGGCCGAGUUAUUGUCAAAAUGGCCAUUGGGGGUGCCAAAGAGGCAUUCAACGAGUUCCUCUGUCAGCCUGUAUCCCGAAAGGAGUACUCACAGUACGGAAAGUGCAUAAACUCCGCCAAGUAUGAAGAGUUCAAGAAACAGGAAAAUGAGCACGGCCAGAUUAUUAUAAAACACGAGAAAUCAUCUGAAGAAAGAGACAGAGACCGCAGGGAAGAGAGUAGAUCACAUCGGGACGAUGAUCGAGAACGAAAGAGCUAUAAAUCGGAGGAACAGAGAUCAAGCAAAGGCGAAGAUCGCAGGCUUUACAAGAAUGAAGAUAAACCGUCGUACAAGAAUGAAGAUCAUAGAGCUUACAAGGAUGAGGACAAUAGACUACACAAGGAUGAAAACAAUAAAGCUUACAAGGGUAAAGACAAAAAAUUGUUCAAGGAUGAAGAUCGCAUAUCAUACAAAGACGAGAACCGAAAAGCAAGCAAAACAGAGCACCGCAGCGAAAGGACUUGCAAAGAGGAGUCGCAUUCCCGCAUGAAAGAGGAUCGUGAUAGAAAAAAGUAUGUGCAGGACUUCCGAAGCAAUAGCUCCUCCACAUCCAAGCGCGAGGAGCGUGAUCGGCGGCGCUCGCCAAGUCCCAGGAGCAACAGCUCCUCUGCAUCCAAGCGAGAGGAACGUGAUAGGCGCCGUUCGCCGAGUCCCAGAAGCAGCAGAAGGGCGAAGAGCAGUUCAGACGAGGCGGACGAUACGGGAGAGUCCACGGAGAGCGACUCGGAUUCGGCGUACGAGCGCAGAAAGCACAAGAAAAAAUCAUCCAGCCGAAAGUCUAGAAAGCACUCGAAAAAGUCCAAAAGUAAAUCGAAGCGUGCGGAUAACGACUCCAGUUUGGAGAGCGAUGAGAGCCCGGAAGAGGACCAUCGCCGGCACCCCAGCAAGCACAAAAAGAAGACCAAGAAAAGCAAACACGCCAGAUCCCGCACACGUUCCAGAUCAAGGGGAAGGGGCAGAUAGAAAUCAAUUAUUUG